AUUAAUUGGCAACUAAUCUUUCAUGUAUGCGAAUGUAAACCGUCUGCCGCAGAUAUCGCAAGCUCUUGAAAGCCCACUAUCCGUAUCUUGAUUGCAUUUGCAUGUCAAUUGAAGUUUGUAGUUCAGUCGAAAUGGAUCUCACUCUCCCGGAUUCUGGAUGGACCUCAUGUCUGGUCCUGUUAGCUGCAACCAGUACCUUGGGGGUUUCGAUUCCCGUGGGCUUCAACAUAGGAGUUAUUAACGCUCCUUCGGGCUAUAUUAAGACAUGGAGUAAUGAGACUAUCUUCGAGCGCUAUGGAAUUGAGUUGUCUUCGGUCGGGCUGAACACGUUCUUCUCGAUAGUAGUAUCUAUUUUCUUGAUCGGUGGAGUUGUUGGGUCUUUGGGCGGUGCAGUGAUUGCUGACAAAUAUGGGAGGAAACAAUCCUACCUUUUUUGUGGAAUUCUGCUCACACUAGGAGGGUUUUGUUUCGUAUUCUGUCGUCAACUCAAAUCUGUUGAAUUGCUGUUGCUCGGCAGGGUCUUAGCUGGUCUGUCAGCUGGUCUUACCACCAGUGUUCUGCCGAUGUACCUUGCUGAAGUAUCUCCAACAAAGUUACGUGGUACCAUAAGCACUCUGUGUGCUUUAGGACUAACGAUUGGAGUCCUCGUGUCGCAAAUUGUGAGUCUUGAGCAAGUUCUAGGAACAAACGAAAAUUGGCACUACGCAGUUAGUAGUUUUGCGAUUCUGAAUCUUUUCUGUUACGUUCCUUACACUUUGCUUCCGGAAAGCCCUAAGUACUUAUACAGUAUCAAAGACGACGCGAAAGGUACUUUAAUAGCAAUUCGUCGUUUAUUCGGAGAAAGCUCAAUUGGGGAUGACUACGUAACGCUUCAGAGAGAAAAUACGGCAACCGUAAGCAUGUCGAGCAACUCCGAGCAGGACUUCAAACUAACCGACACCAGCCCUGUAACACGAUCGAUGUGGUCAGUCAUAACCGAUCCAACGCUUAGAUUACCGCUCAUAUUAGUAUGCGCUCUUCAAGGUGGUCAACAAUUAUCUGGAAUCAACGCGGUAUUCUAUUAUUCCGUGUCCAUUUUUGAGUCUGUUGGAUUGAGUUCAGAGAGUGCCAAGUUUGCCAAUCUGGGGGUAGGAAUGUUAAAUUUGUUUGUUUGUUCUUUAAGCCCUUAUUUAAUGGCACGCUGUAAUCGACGAAUACUCUCCAUAAUUUCGUGCGCGUUCAGUGGACUAUUCAUGUUUUCCGUUGCAAUGCUGAUUUAUCUGAUUGAUGUUGUUCCUUGGUUUAACUACGCUUGCAUCGCUGCCCUGCUUUUGUACAUCGUAUUCUUCCAGUUUGGAUUGGGUCCGAUUCCGUUCUUUAUCGGUUCAGAACUGUUCGAGCUCAGCUCUCGUCCAUCGGCCAUGGCCCUGGGAAGCCUGUCGUCGUGGGGAUGCAACUUUCUAGUCGGGAUGCUCUUCCCGCUUCUAUCCAGUGCGUGGGGUGCCUUCGCUUUCAUGCCUUGUUCAAUCACUUGCGUGCUGCUAACCGUUCUGGUUCUGCUGUAUUUGCCAGAAACACGAGGUCGCGACGUUUCUGAUAUAGUGGCGUUAGUUGCAAAAGGAUUCAAAUCCAAAGUAGUGUAGAUAACAAAUGAAAUAGUUGUGGAUUCCGUGCAACGACACUUUGCUGUACAAAUAUUUAAGAGUUUAUUCAGUCCCCUCAAUAGACAGACCCACUCGAGAUUCAUUGUAGUCAGUAGCGAGAUAUUUUUUUGUCAUAGUCAUUCUUGAAAUGGAUUUCCAGCUGCCGGUACGUAACAGUCAAAACUAAAAUAAGCAAACAAGUUUGCAACACGAGAAAUAAAGAGACAUAUCUUCAGGACGCAGGAUGGACACCAAACCUAUUGAUGUUUGGAUUUGUAAUUUGUUUUGGUAUAGCCCUUCCACUGGGAAUGCAAGUUAGCGUAAUAAAUGCUCCAGCUAAGGUGAUUCAGAUUUAUAAACAGAAAAUCAUUAUUGUAAGAAAAAUAUUAUUGAAAUAAAUAAAUGCAGCAUAUCCAACGGUGGUGUGACGAA